AUGGGCCACGGCGACGGCCCCCGCAAGGGCCAGAGCGGCAAGAGCACGCACGUCCACGGCGGUAAGCACGUGAACCGCGGGGGCGCGUUCAAGGCGCACCGCAACGUGAAGCGCGCGGUGCGAGACGUCGACGCGGAGAACGCGCUUCGGUCCCGCGCGUGCGCCGGCGUUUGUCGCCGGUGCGUGCAAAAGGUCCAGUGGAGGUUUCAGUUUGGCAAGUACAAGGCGAGGGCGCCCAGCAACAAGGGCAACUGCGGGGAGUGCAAGCUCAAGACGGUGGCGUUCGCGUACCGGUCGCUGUGCGAUAAGUGCGCCAAGGAGCGGCGGCUGUGCCCGGGGUGCGUCAAGCCCCCGGAGCUCGCGCGGCUCGCGGACGGCGACGGCGCGCCGAGCGACGGCGAGGGUGACGGGGACGGGUCCAGCGACGAGGACCUCGACGGCGUGGUCAUCACGCACCUCAGCGACGACGACGACGCCGGGGCGGAGGCGUAG